AUGCAAAAUGAAAGAUCAGAAACACAUAUUUAUAGUUCCAAUGAUAAAUGGAUAGUGCUCGAAAAGCUUCAGAAAUUAUAUGAAGAAUGGCUUAAAAUGCGUUUGGAUGAGAGUAUCUAUGAGGCUUUGCUGAGUUCUAUCCGUUCUAUUGGAGAUUUUGCAAGAGAAAUGGAAAAUAGGGAACAUAUUGGAGAAACAUACAUAAAGUUUUUGUUUUCUGUUGUCAGGAAUAGAGAAGACAUUCCUCCUGGGCUUGUUGUUCAGUGUUUAAGGGUUAUUGGCAAUUGUUGUAUUGAUCAUGCUGAGAAUAGAAAAAGAGUAGUGGAUUUGUCAGGAGAAGAUGUCUUUUUGGAGUUUUUGAAUCACAAAGACUCGGAUGUUUCUACUGUUUCUCUUACAUCAUUGUUGAAUUUAUGCAUGGAUUCUGAUUUGGUGACAGAAAGACUUGAAAAAAAGGAUGCACUUUCAAAGAUCCUUAAAUUCUCGAAUCCAAAUACCAACUUUGAUAUAUUAGCAAGAAUUAUAGGAUGGUUGAUGUCUAGAGAAACAAAAAAAUAUGAUACUGAUUGUUUUAUGCAUUUUUUGUCAAUUAUUCAAUUUCAUUCUGACAAUGUUGUUGACAUAUUUUCCAUUAUUCUUAUGUUUCUGCCACAGAAUGAUAUACAAUUGGAAUUGGUGCAAUCAGGAAAAAUAUAUGAAUUACUUAAUUAUUUUUAUCGUGUGGUACCUUUUCAAGAGCAUUUCAAUUCUGAGAAUAAGAGUAUUAUUUCUGUGUUAAUUAAUUUGUUUGGAGAAAUAGCUGCAAAUUAUGACUAUGUGGACCUUAUUCUAAACAAUAAACCUAUAAUGGAUAUGCUUUUAGGCCACCUUAACGUUGAUUCUUUUGGUACUUUGAUAGUGUGUAGUUGUGUGAUGCUUGGAAACUUAGCACGAACAGACAAAAUUUGUAUUUAUUUUGUUCAUGAAUUAAAUUUACAUGAAAAGUUAAUUAACAUUAUUAAUUCUUUAGACAAUCCGAAAGUUAUCUAUUCAAGUGCAGGAUUUUUAAAAAAUUUAUCUAUAACUAAAAAUAAUAAAUUCAAAAUUGGAGAAGCAGGUGCUAUAGAUUUAUGUAUGAAAUUGUUUUCUCAUGAUCUUAAAUCAAUACAAUACUUGGCUGUUUCUAUAUUUAGGCAAUUAAUUAUUGAUGAAGAGAAAAAUGCUUCUUUUUCUGUUAACUCUGGCGUUUUUGAGCAAUUGUUAGAACUUCGAAAAAAAACAGAUGAUAAUUUUAUAAUAAUGGAAGCGUCUAGAGCUCUUUCUAGUAUGAUUCGUACUAUUAAUAAGUUUAAAUUAUUUGAUAUUGAAAAAAAAAUAGCAUCUUAUACUGGUUUUGAAGAUAUUUUUAAGGAUAUGAUUACUCAAACUAAAUAUCCUAUCAUACGUACAGACGCAAUUUUUGCUCUUGUGUUGAUUGCUCGGUCUUCUGAGGAAGAGCUUAGAAAAAAUGCAAUUAAUCUCAUACAAGAUGAAAAUAUAUUGAAUACUCUUGUUGAAUUGGGGCGAACUGGAGCAAAGGAUAUACGUGACAAUAUUCAAAUUCUUCUCUUUUCAGUAAAUCAAGAGCUUGAAAAUGAGUCAAUAAAAUCAGCGCUUUUGUCUUUGAAACAAGAUAUUAAUUAG